AUAAUUUAAAAGAUUAAUUUCAAUAUUCGUUAUUUUUCGAAAAUAUAAAAUUAAAGAGUCAUCAACUCUUGAUGAUUGAACAGUAUAAUGAGACGCAUUUACAUUAUCACAAUCUAUUUAUUAACAUCGAUUAUCCUAAAAUUGUGCUUUAGAAUUCCGGCCCAUAGACCGUCCCAGAUUUUGCCAAAUCAAAAUAUUAUCUAUUUGUCAGUUAACUCCAAUUCUACAGGCGCAAAUGAAAGAGACAAAGGGCCUAAAGUAUGGCUAUUAAACGCUCUUUAUCCUGAGAAGGCCAAUUUAUUUAAAGUGGUCAAGAAUAAUAAAAAGAUCAAAAUCAUCUCGGAAAAUGAUUACGAUGAUACAGACCCUUCCCAUAAAAGUAAUGUAAAAAGAGAGAAUGACAUGGGAAGCUACAAAAAUUCCGCCGAAACUUUUGGGCGGGAAGAUAAUAAAAAGGAAAACGAUGUCGGAACAAUCCACAACGCCAAAUUAAUUUCGUCUAAAAUGGAAUCACUUACGAAUUACAUGAGUGGUCAUGACUUCAGUCAACUAAAACAGCGGGACUUACCAUUCAACAUGGAAGCAAACAAUUAUGACUUGGUUAAAGUUAGUGCAGACAAAUUUAACUUUGAAACCCCUAAUGGAAAAAUAAUUCAUGUAAAUUUUAACCCCGACUUAGAAGAAGGAUCAUCAAUGUCAUCGAUGGAAUUUAUGAAUUACCAAAAUAUUACUAUUUGGAAGAAAUUGUCAACAAUGUCAACCCAAGACUUUAUGAAGAGCUACUCGAUCAAGAUACCGGUUAGAAGCAAAUCUUCAAACGUUUACGGGAGAUCAUACGAAAUGAACAACAAAAUAGCUAAAUACCACAACAACCAAUUAGUUUUAUCUGAUCAAGCUGGUUGUCAACCUAGGGUAAAGUGCGUGGAACUUGAAAGAGAGAAGGAAUUUAUGAAACGGAAUUACAGGAAACAUGGAACCAUGUUUUGGCCCUCCUGCAUUGAAAUAGAGAGGUGCAGUGGUUGUUGCUUACACGCUUGCCUGAGUUGCACGCCAGUCGAGACCUCUUUAAAAGAAUUUAUGGUUCUGCAGUUCGACGUGAUACUGAGAGAAGAUGGUCCUCAAUUUAAUGUGAGUAGAACACUAUAUAUCAGGUUGAUAAAGCACGAAAAAUGUGAUUGCAAUUGCAAUAAAAGGAUCAAAUGGAUCAAUCAACUGCAGCGGAAAAAGUAUCAAUGGACACUGGAAUGGUGGAAAUGGACAUUGGAUUACGGAUUACUCUAAAUGAAAUAAAUAUCAAGUGAACAAAAACAAAUAAGCAAAGAGACGAAACGUUAAUAACAAACCAACGAGGUGAAAACAAACCAACGAGGUGAAAACAAGCCAACGAUAAAACGUGACAAAAGCAAGACAACGCUAAAAGAUAAAAGCAAAGUGACAUAUGAAACGAUAAUAAUAGUAAAAAAUCAAGAACAUCGGGACGAUUUUUCGGCACUCAAAGAGACCUAGGCUGGAUUUCUUUGGAGGGUGGAAUGUUAGAGAUGGACAAUAUUUAGAAUCAUUAAAUUUGUUUUUUAUAUACAUUCAUACAUUAAUUUGUUUUUUUAUUUUUAAAUUAACCAUA